CGGACUGCCUGUCUGGCGAUCCUGCCCCGUAAUCAUCUAAACAACAAACAAACAAACAAACAAACAAACAAUUUGAGUCAAUACCAAAGAUAGACGGCUUCUAUCUUUGGUCAUCACCAUGUCCAUCUGAAACUAACCACGCCCAAUUGCACCAAUCAAUUAUCGUACUGGCCCCGCACGCUCUUGACAUAGUAAAUCAUAGUCACACUACAGAACACCAGCGAAGGUGGUCUGGUAUCUGCCUCGGUAGGUUAAGUUUAGCGUUCGGCGUUCCGUCUGGCUACCAAGUGCGUGUAAAGUGUCUACUGUUGAAUGUCGGCACACUAGAAAUUCACGGUCAUCAUGCUGAGAUAGAAUACGGAAGUGCGAAUUUUCGUACAAAUUCAAUUCUCAAUCAAUAAUAAUAACAACCGAAAGAGUUCUGUAAAGCUUCAGGGACAGGCUCGAACGGAAGGUUUCGUUUUUGUGUAUUCGGCAUCGUUUCCAUUUAGCCAAGGGAUACUACCACUACACUGGUAGUGCUAUCAUAGGGUAGUACAUGCAAGAACCUAAACAAUCGUACCACCAGUCUUUGACACUGACCGGAGCCAUCUUAGAAGACGUGCAUUGAUGCCGCCUAGAGAGGGAGACAGAGAAACGGGCAAUUCCUCAAGGAGAAUGAGUGACCUACUCAUCUGCUUCAGUUGCUGUACAACAGACCAACCUCCCCCUAAAAGGCGGAGAAUAGACCGGACAAUGAUAGGCCUUCCAACAAAUUUCAUGCACACAGGUCACAUAGGGUCAGGCGACAUGUCACCACAACAAGAACAACAAGAACAAAAUAAUCAUUUAAAUUCUAUCCAGGUGCAGAUGCAAUCCAAAGGUGGAUACAGUGAAAGUGGACAAAGAGAGUUCCAAAGAGAUACAAUGGAAAUUAAAAGAGUACCAGAGCCCGAUGAAUAGAUCUGUUCCAUUGCUGUUCUUCUGGGAAACUUUCUGCGUUUUGUGUCUCGUUUUUGUUUGUGCCUUUUUUUUUUACUUCAGACAGACAAUUUUUUUAAUAUAACCAUGUUGCGAUAAUCAUGAAGUAUGAUUGCUGGGCAUGCCACGAUCUCAAUGUCAGCUAUCAUCAGUGCACGCAAUCCGGAUUAUUUGAUCUCACUGUAGUUGGGAUUAUUGUAAGCAUAGUGAGGAUUUGUGCACGACUCCCCACUGGAUUAACAGCAGCUCAGAGAAUGUUGAGGCAGUGUGGAUGAUACAAGAUGGAGGUUGCAUUGGACUAUAGAAGACGCCUGUAAAAGCAGCCGUGUUGUAAAGGAUGCCUGUUUUGAGCACACACUUCCAAGGUAACGGAAAAAUCUGAAGCACGUGAUAAUAGUUCAAAUACUUCAAAUCUUAUUAAGUGGCAGUCAGUGUCUUCCAUCUUUGACUGUUUGUGUAUUGUCUUGAAAUUCAAUGUGACUUGUAUGGUAUGAUAAACUUUCACACACAUUUGUCCUCUGAAGGGAAGUUGAUUUAUAGAAGCAGCCGUCGAUUUCACAAAACUCUUCCUAACUUAAGACUAAUCAUAGGACUUAGGACGAGUCCCAACCCUGCAC